AUGGGUUCCGUCGGCACCGCCUCUCACAGCAGCAAGCCUACCUACAGCACCCUCUCCACGCCCCUCAAAGGCACACCUCCCCCCGUCAUCGUCUUCUUCUCCUUCCUCGAUCACACCUCGCAUCGCUGGGCGACGCAAUGCCAAGUGACGCAAAACAUCCGCCGCAGCCUCCCCGCCGGCACCUCCGUCCACCGCCACCACGUAUCCUCGACCGACAAGUCCGGCUUCAACUGGGGCCAAGACCUCACCCGCGCCUGGGCCGUCGCCAUGCACCUGCGCGUCGACGACAGGAUCAUCGCCAGCCUCUUCGAGAAGGUCCUGGUCGAGAAAACCGUCAUUGACCUGGAAGGGCUGCGCGAUUGCUUCGAGCGCGACGGCGGCGUCGAUAAGGUACGCUUCGACCGCGCGUGGAAUGAUGCCGGUGUCGUCGCGGACGCAAAGUAUCAGGAUGAACUGAGCGAAGGGCUGCCGCGGGAGAAACUGCCGUGUAUCGUUGUCCGGGGGCGGCGCAUGGUGGAUGGGAACGAGCUCAGCCACAUGGAUAGGGACGCGGACUUUGGGCCGAAGGUUGGCGAGCUCGUAAGGGAGUUGUUGAGUCUCGAGGAAUGA